AUGUCGGAUUUUAUCGAAAGUGAAGCAGAGGAAUCUGAGGAGGAAUUAUUUGAGAGGUCUGAUGAGCGGAAUAAAGCACAGAGACAUGGGGAGGAACAUGAUGAUGAGGAGGAGGAAGAGGAAAAUGCAGAGGAUCAAGAUGAACACGGAAACCUUCGAGAUCUAAUCGAUGAUGGCGUGGAUAGAGAUGGUGAUGAAGAGGAGGAAGACGAAGGCAAGCAGGACAGAGAGGCAGAAAGUGACUCUGAUGAAGAAAUAGGACACCGCAAAAGGAAGCGGAGUUAUGAUGAUCGCUUAGAUGAUGAUGACAUUGACCUCAUUGAAGAGAAUCUUGGAGUUAAAGUGAAAAGGCAAAAGUUCAGACGUUUACGUGACAUGUCUGAUGAUGAGGAUGAGGAGGGAAAUGAUGAUGUCAGAGAGGCCCAUGAGAAGGAUAUGAUAGCCGAUGAGAUCUUCAUGGGGUCAAGUGGCCUGGAUGAUGUUGAGGCAGCUGUGGAGGUGCCUUUACGUCCUGAGGAUGAUGAUGAGGAAGAUGAUGAGGAAUCUGAUAUUGAUGACUUCAUUGUGGAUGAUGAUGGUCAACCGCUGAAGAAACCUAAAUGGAGAAAGAAGUUGCCAGGUUACACAGAUGCAGCUCUUCAGGAGGCCCAGGAGAUAUUUGGAGGGGAUUUCGACUUUGCGGAUUUUGACAUUGAAGCCUAUGAUGAUGUUGAAGAUGAGGAAGAGGAUGCUGAAGAGGAGUCCUGGGACCGACCUAAAAAACAGGCCAAGAAGAGGACAGGCCGUCGUAGCAUUUUUGACAUCUAUGAGCCGAGCGAGCUGGAGAGCAGUCACAUGACUGACCAGGACAAUGAGAUCCGAUCCACAGACAUGCCGGAGAGGUUCCAGUUGCGAUCCAUUCCUGUUAAGUCUGCAGAGGAUGAUGAGCUAGAGGAGGAGGCUGAAUGGAUAUACAGAAAUGCCUUCUCCACUCCAACCAUUUCUAUGCAGGAGAGUGCCGAAUACUUGGAAAGAGGCCCAACUACCAACUUCAGCAGAAAAGGUCCCAGCAUGAUCCAAAAGAUCAAAGAGGCUUUGAAUUUUAUGAGGAACCAACACUUCGAGGUUCCAUUCAUUGCAUUCUACAGGAAAGAGUAUGUGGAGCCGGAGCUCAAUAUAAAUGACCUGUGGAAAGCGUGGCAGUGGGAUGAAAAGUGGACACAGCUGAGAACCCGUAAACAGAAUCUGACCCGCCUUUUCCAAAGAAUGCAGGCCUUCCAGUUUGAGCAGAUCUCAGCAGAUCCAGAUAAACCACUGUCUGAUGGCAUCCGCCCUCUUGACACUGCAGAUCUGGAAAGGUUAAAGAAUGUCCAGUCUAGUGAUGAACUGAGCGAUGUCUACAACCACUUCCUCCUAUACUAUGGCCGAGACAUACCAAAGAUGCAAAAUGCGGCCAAGUCCAGCUUGAAGAAAAUGAAAAAGAACAAAGGAGAGCAAGAGAAACAGAAUCGGGAGGAAGAUGAGGAGGAGACGCAGCUUAAAGGGCCUGACCUGAAACUUGCAUCUCGGAGGGACAUGUACAGUAUCUGCCAAAGUGCUGGUCUUGAUGGCCUCGCAAAAAAGUUUGGUCUUACGCCAGAGCAGUUUGGAGAGAAUCUGCGUGACAGUUACCAGCGCCAUGAGACAGAACAGUUUCCUGCAGAGCCUCUGGAGCUGGCAAAGGACUAUAUCUGCAGUCAGUUCAGUACAGCAGAGGCAGUUCUUGAGGGCACACGUUACAUGGUGGCCAUGCAGAUAGCACGGGAGCCCCUGGUCAGACAUGUACUGCGACAGACCUUCCAAGAGAGGGCCAAAAUCAACAUCAAACCCACCAAGAAAGGCAGAAAGGAUAUAGAUGAGGCUCAUUAUGGCUACUCCUUCAAGUACCUAAAAAAUAAGCCAGUGAAGGAGUUGAAUGGAGAUCAGUUCCUUAGGAUGUGUCAAGCAGAGGAAGAGGGACUGCUCACCAUCAGCAUCUGUAUUGACCUGAUCGGAGUGAAGGGGUAUGGAGACCAAACUUACUUUGAGGAGAUCAAGCAAUUUUACUACAGAGAUGAGUUCAGCCACCAGGUCCAAGAGUGGAAUAGGCAGCGCACCCUGGCCAUCGAACGUUCCCUCAAGCAGUUUCUGUACCCACAGAUGGCUAAAGAGCUGAAGAGCAAGCUGAUUUCUGAGGCAAAAGAAAACAUUACCAAGGCCUGCAGCAGAAAGCUGUAUAACUGGCUGAAGGUGGCGCCCUAUCGUCCUGACCAGCAAAUGGAUGAGGAGGAAGAUGAGGACCUAAUGGCUGAAUCCCAAAGCAAGGGGGUCCGUGUCCUGGGAGUGGCCUUUGCAUCUAGCAGAGACACCCCAGUAUUCUGCGCUCUAGUGAAUGGUGAUGGUGAGAUGGGGGAUUUCCUGAGGCUCCCUUACUUUCUGAAGAGGAGAAAUGCAUGGAGAGAGGAUGAACGAGAGAAGAAGCUCCAAGAUAUCGACAGCCUCAAAAAGUUCCUGAAUAGCAAGAAGCCUCACAUCAUUGCUGUAGGGGGAGAGAACAGGGAUGCCCAGUUGAUUAUCGAUGACAUAAAGCGCACCAUCAGUGAGCUGGAGCAGGAGGCCUCUUUUCCUCCCAUAGCAGUGGAACUGGUUGACAAUGACCUUGCCAUUCUCUACAUGAACAGCAAGAAGUCAGAGGCGGAUUACCGGGAUUACCCUCCCCUUUUGAGACAAGCUGUGUCCUUGGCCAGAAAGAUCCAAGACCCUCUGGUGGAGUAUGCACAGGUGUGCAGCAGCGAUGAGGACAUCCUGUGUCUGAAGCUCCAUCCCCUUCAAGAUUUGGUGGUGAAGGAGGAUUUGCUGAAUGCCCUGCAGUGUGAGUUCAUUAACCGGGUCAACGAGGUUGGUGUGGAUGUGAACAGAGCCAUGGCCCACCCCUACACCCACAGUUUAGUCCAGCACAUCUGUGGCCUGGGUCCUAGGAAAGGAGCCCAUCUUUUGAAGGUCCUGAAGCAGAACAAUGCCCGAUUAGAAAAUCGUACUCAGCUGGUCACUAUGUGUCACAUGGGUCCCAAAGUCUUCAUCAACUGUGCUGGAUUCAUUAAGAUUGAUACAGCCUCUCUGGGAGACAGCACUGACUCCUACAUUGAGGUUCUGGAUGGCUCACGGGUUCACCCUGAGACGUAUGAGUGGGCGAGAAAGAUGGCUGUGGAUGCUUUGGAGUAUGAUGAAUCUGCUGAGGAUGCCAACCCCGCUGGAGCUCUGGAAGAGAUCUUGGAAAACCCGGAACGGCUGAAAGAUUUGGACCUGGAUGCCUUUGCAGAGGAGCUUGAGAGGCAGGGCUAUGGAAAUAAGGGUAUCACUCUUUACGACAUCCGUGCCGAGCUGAGUUGCAGAUACAAGGAUUUGAGGUCGACCUACAGAGCCCCUAAUACAGAGGAGAUCUUCAACUUGAUCACUAAGGAGACCCCAGAGACUUUCUACAUAGGAAAACUGAUUACCAGCAUUGUGACAGGAAUUGCUCACCGGCGCCCGCAGGGCGAGAGCUAUGACCAAGCAAUAAGGAACGAUGAGACAGGUCUGUGGCAGUGCCCAUUCUGCCAACAGAACAACUUUCCUGAACUCAGUGAGGUUUGGAAUCAUUUUGACAGCGGCUCGUGCCCUGGCCAAGCUAUAGGGGUACGCUGUCGCUUGGACAAUGGGGUCACUGGUUUUGUCCCCACCAAGUUCCUCAGUGACAAAUUGGUCAAGCACCCAGAGGAAAGAGUCAAGGUGGGUAUGACUGUGCACUGCAGAAUCAUGAAGAUUGACAUAGAGAAGCUCAGUGUGGACCUGACCUGUCGUACAUCAGACUUGUCAGACAAGAACAAUGACUGGAAGCUUCCUAAAGACACCUACUAUGACUUUGAUUGUGAGAAUGAAGACAUCAAAAAGGAGGAGGAGGCACGAAUGAAACAACACAGAACAACCUACAUCAAGAGAGUGAUAGCCCACCCCUCCUUCCACAAUAUCAACUUUAAGCAGGCAGAGAAGAUGAUGGAGACUAUGGACCAGGGAGACCUGAUCAUCAGACCUAGCAGCAAAGGGGAGAACCACCUGACUGUUACCUGGAAGGUGGCUGAAGGAAUUUAUCAGCACAUUGAUGUACGGGAAGAGGGCAAGGAAAAUGCCUUCAGUCUUGGACACACACUCUGGAUCAACAAUGAAGAAUUUGAAGAUCUGGAUGAAAUCACCGCCCGUUAUGUUCAACCAAUGGCUGCAUUUGCUCGCGAUCUGCUUGGACACAAAUAUUUUCAAGAAUGCAAUGGUGGAGACAGAAAGGGAAAAAUGGAGGACGUCCUGGUGAAAAGCAAGAAGGAGAAGCCCACUUUCAUCCCAUACUAUGUAUCUGCCUGCAGAGAGUUACCAGGGAAGUUCCUGCUUGGUUACCAGCCCAGAGGAAAGCCAAGGAUUGAAUUUGUGACCAUCACACCUGAGGGGUUCAGAUACAGAGCCCAAAUUUUCCCCACAGUCAAUGGACUCUUCCGCUGGUUCAAGGACCAUUACCAGGAGCCCAUGCCAGGAGUCACCCCAAGCAGCAGCAGUAGAACGCGGACCCCUGCAUCCAUCAACGCUACGCCGGCCAAUAUUAACAUCGCAGAUCUGACCAGAGCAGUCAGCGCCCUUCCUCCCAACAUGACCUCUCAGAUGUUCAAUGCCAUCGCUGCAGUAACCGGCCAGGGUCAGAACCCUAACACGACUCCUGCCCAGUGGGCCUCUAGCCAAUACGCAUACAGCGGCAGUAGCACUGGAGGAGGGGGCAGUAGCAGUGCCUAUCAUGUUUUUGCCACUCCUGCUCAGCAGCCACUUGCUACUCCCCUUUUGACACCGAACUACUCCUACACCACCCCUAGCCAACCACAGAGCAUCAACACCCCACAGUAUCCAAACAGUACCCCUCAGUCCUCACAUGGACACCGCCCUUCCUCCUCCACGCCAUCCUCAUCCUCCUCUCGCCACAGGACACCACAGUUGCAGCCAAAGGCAACUUCACAUGCCGCAGUGGACUGGGGCAAGAUGGCAGAGCAAUGGCUACAGGAGAAGGAGGCAGAGCGCAAGAAGCAGAGACCCAGCAGGAUGACACCAAGACCCUCGCCCAGCCCCAUGAUCGAGAGUACACCCAUGUCUAUCACCGGAGACGCAACACCGCUGCUGGAUGAGAUGGAUCGCUAAACGAAUCCAGUGUUUGUUCAGUUCUUCAACAAGU